CUUCUACCUUCCCCACUCUCCGUUUGAGCUCCCGCGCUGGGCGGAUCUGGUCUCAGGAGCUCCACUCAAGUUUGCCACCCCACGCCUUAAUAAAGGAAUUUGGAGCAGAAAAACGAGAUCCAUCCGCCGAAUUGGAAGCUAACCCGAUGAGAUGGAAGAGCGUGAACUAUCAGCCCCCGGCGCAGAAAAGGGAGUUCAUUUUCUCCAGGCAGUGAAGAAUGGGGAACUCUGGGAAAGAUCCGAACCAGUGAUUCUGAGCUCAGAUAUAUCCUUCACAGAUGCACAGCCCCAGAUCUUCCGGCACUUUCGUUGCCAGGAGGCUGAGGGACCACGGGAGGUUUGCAGCCGGCUCCACCAUCUUUGCCGUCAAUGGCUGGAGCCAGAAGGGUGCGGCAAGGAGGUGCUGGAUGGGAUGAUCUUGCAGCAAUUCCUGGCCAUCCUGCCCCUGGAGAUGCAAACCUGGGUCAGGGAAUGUGGGCCCAAGACUAGUGUCCAGGCGGUGGCCCUGGUAGAAAGAUUCCUCCUGAGCCAAGAAGACAGGAUGCCGGAAGUGCAGGGUCCGUCAAAAGGGACUGAUGAUUUCCCUGAGGCCGAGUGGGCUCCAUCAGACUCAAGGCCAAGGUCACUCUUCAGUCAUGCUGAUGGAGAUGCCAACUCCCUGGAUAGCGGAAGGGCACUGCCUGGUUUUUCUGGGCCUCCCCCUCAUUGUGGAAGAGCGAAAGCAUCAUCUGUGCAUCCCAUUGAGGGUCUGGUGACCUUCGAGGAUGUGGCCGUGCACUUCUCAGAGGAGGAGUGGGCUCUGCUGGAUCCGGACCAAAGAGCCCUGCACCAGGAAGUCAUGGAGGAGAAUUUCAGCAAUCUGGCCUUCCUGGAGAGGGAAAGCAAGAGAGGAGGGAAACAGCACAGAAAGAAAUCUGAAGACCAACAACAAAGGAGGAAGGAAUUUGUUGAUUCUGACAAUUUCAGUUUCCAUGAAAAUUCAGUUCAAGAGGAAGGUCACAGAGAAUACAAAUGUUCAGAAUGUGGGAAGAGCUUCAGUCGGAGAACACGCCUUACUUCCCAUGAAAGAAUCCACACUGGGGAGAAACCAUAUACAUGCCCAGACUGUGGAAAGAGCUUUAUUCAGAAGGAGCAUCUCACUUCCCAUCAAAGAAUCCACACAGGGGAGAAACCAUACACAUGCCCAGACUGUGGAAGGAGCUUUGGUUGGAGCUCACACCUUUCUUCCCACCGAAGAAUCCACACAGGAGAGAAACCAUAUAUAUGCUCAGAGUGUGGAAAGAGCUUCCGUCAGAAAGGGGGCCUCACUUCCCAUCAAAGAAUCCACACAGGGGAGAAACCAUAUAACUGCUCUGAGUGCGGAAAGAGCUUCCGUCACAGUUCGAGUCUUUGUGAUCAUGAAAGAAACCACACAGGGGAGAAGCGAUAUAAAUGCUUGGAGUGUGGAAAGAGCUUCAAGAAAAGCUCAAACCUUACUUCCCAUCAAAGAAUUCACACAGUAGAGAAACCAUAUCAUUGCUCAGAGUGUGGGAAAAGUUUCAUUCACAGGUCCAGCUUUGCUUCCCAUCGAAGAAUACACACUGGGGAGAAGCCAUAUAAAUGCUCAGAGUGUGGAAAGACUUUCAGUUUCAGCUCUAACUUUUAUUCCCAUCAAAGAAUCCACACGGGAGAGAAACCCUAUAAAUGUUACGUGUGUGGAAAGCGCUUUAGUCAGAGCUCAAACCUUACUUCCCAUCAAAGAAUCUGCACAGGGGAGAAACCAUAUAUAUGCUCUGUAUGGAAACAGCUUCAGUCAGUGGUCAAUCUGUCCUUCCCGUUAGAUAUUACAGAUGGGGAAGAAACUGUAUAAACACUAUGAGUUGUGAAAAAAAUCUUCAGGCAGAAGAUCUCAAAUCUUAUUCCCGUCCAAGAAUCUGCAUAGGGGAGAAACCACAUAUAUGCUCAGAGUGUGGGAAAGGCUUCAGACAGUGGUCAAACCUUGCUUCCCACCAAAAAAGCCACACGGGCCAAGUUGUAGGAAGCAAAUUAGCCAAGUAGUCACCCCACUUGUAAACGCCUCCUAAUAUCUGGCUUUCCAUGCUUGAGAAAGUGUUAAAACAUCGGCAUCUUCGCUGCAGGGUUUCUUAAGCAACUGUGGACUCUUUAUAGAGCUCUCUCAAAACUGCUUCCGUAGUGAUUUUGCUGCUGGAACUCUUCCGUUUGCCUGUGGGCAGCAAUCUUUUGCCAUUCCGGGGUGGGACUCUUUCCCCUACCGAUUGCCUGGGACUUCUCAGCAACAUGCAAUGCUGUUGACCCAGGUCUCCCUCUUACACUGCCCGCCUGGAUCAAGAUUGGUUGGUUCAAUUUUGCAGCAGUUCCAUUCCACUCAGUCCUGGAGGACCAGGACCAGACUGCGUUGCUCGCCGAUGGCCGCUCUCCCCCUGAGCUCUGUUUUCCUCAAAACCCAAUUCAGUAUGAUCUCUUUCGGAAAGUCGGCAGUCAAAGAAUCUUUGGCUACUCUUUGGUAGAUAGAAGAUCUGCGUUAUUUGCUUUGCUUAAGCUCCCAGCCACAGGGCAGAUUGGGCAUUCAAAUCCCUGGGAGAAAUCCCCAGGGGAUUGAGUUUACUGUGGCUGGGUAAAGAGGCAGCAUGGUAUAUUUACUGCAGUGAAGUUGCUGGGUGAAGAAGCUGACCUCGGGAUGCCAGUGGUGCAGCGCCCACCACACUGUCCGUGGAUACAGGCUGCGACCGAGUCCUGCUCUUGUGAAAACGGGACAUGCGGUGAGGAGGAGCUGAUGCUGCUCUCUGCCACGGAAGCAGGAGACGGGGGCCUGCCCUGGCUGAGGUCCUUGCCGGCAGAUCAGUGGCAGCCCCUCAGUCUGUCCCCUGCUCUGCUCCUUAGCAGGGGACUCUUCACAGCCUUGAUUCAGAGCAGGCGGGAGCUUUUUGGACUCAGCCUUCCCUUCCUAUCCCACCUGCACCUACACAAAACUCAUUCAGCCCCUGGGCCAUUCCUCAGCCCUUCCUUGCAGCCAAAAGUGAGGCUUUAGGACUUUCCCCCAUGCUGUCUUCUUCCAGCACUAGGAUGCACAAAAAAAGGGUGAAAUCAAAUUGCAAUGGUAACUUUACUAACCUGGCUCUUUCCUUUGCAGUUUGUAGCAAGGCCGUAGGAUUUGCAGGCUGGAGUUAGGCCUUAGAAGGGUCAAAACCCAGCGGUGAGUCGCUCCUUAGCUCUUUAGGUGUUUAGCUAGUGUAAGGAGCAGAGAUCUUCUCUACUGGGCCUGAUCCGUAAGCCUCUUCGGUCCAGGCAAAUAGUUGGGAAAGGCUCCAAGAGGAGGGAGGAAUCUGUAGGCCAGGAAAGCAAGCUAAAGUAUCUUCUUUCAGAGUCCUGCUUUGGUUUUCCUGAUUUUAGAGGGUCUCUUGAGCGUGAAGCAUAUUUAGCUCCCCGGAGGAGAAGCUGUAAGGUAAAAUAAAAGAGCUUAGGAAGAACGUUGGAAGUAUGUGAAGUGGUCCAAACCAAAAUUCAGCAUCAGUAAACACAUGUUGCCUUUUGUUAGGAGCCAUUGAAGUGACACAAAGCGAUGUUCAGGCUUCCGAGUUUCCCAGACUUCUUUAACAGGUGAUGGAUAGAUAGAUAGACAGACAGACAGACAUGGGAGGGGGUAAAUUUCAGGCCCUGAUCUUCUCUUGCUAGUGCAAGAUCUUGAGAUCAUGCCCUGAAACAGUGCCCCCACCCCUUCAUCCAAAUUGACGAAGAGUUCUGGAGAACACAAAAGCCUUGCUCCCUGUUUUGUGUUAUUUUUACUGGUCUUUUUUUUUUUUUUUGAAAGCAUGGUGUGGUUUCUAUUUUAGGAAGAAGGACAGAAGUGACUAGUUGACUUUUUAACUUCAUUCGUGUGUUUCACAAAGUAGCAGAUUUAUAUGCAGUAGCUUUUAUGCUAUGGUAUUUUAUAUUGUGGUUUUAGCUGAUGAUUUAUCGUAGGUGUUAUGGGCCUCUUUAUGUAACACGGUUUUUUUCCUGCUGUUACUUGCUGUUUCAUGUUUUAUUCUUUUGAUUUUUGUAAACCACCUCAAGAGUUUUUGGCCAAGGAUGUUGAGUAUAAAUAAACAAGCAUAAAUGAGGA